AUGAACUCCGAUUUUCAAAGCAAGGUGAUCUACGGUAGCUGUGCUUUGGGACUCUUGGCAAAUGGACUGCUUCUGUUUUUCAUUUACACCGACAAAUCGCCUUCUCUGAAUAUCCUUUUUUUCUGGCUGAUACCAGGGAUACUAUACGGAUAUUCAGAUAUCGGAAAUUGCCGAAAGCGCCCAGGCAAUGGCUACCAACGAAUUUUGGCAAUCAUCACCUUUUACAACAUCUACUACAGUUUGGUGCACUGUAUCACCGAUAUGGGCUUUGUCACCGAACGAGACGGAUUCAUAAUGUUUAGCAAAACAUUCAGUAAAUUUCAUUAUUGGUGGGCGUCGACGAUGGCCACUCUGAUUUACGUGGACGCAUUCACGAUGUCCAUCUCGUUGUUGUUGAUUCAUGGUCUGUACCGUUAUGCGACAAUAACCGGCCGUUGGCUGGCGCUGUUCCAGCGAUGGAAAUUUAUCGUCUGCAUCGUGAUCGCUCACUUUUUUUUUCGGUAUUUGUUGGUGUGCCGAUUUCAUGUACUUAAUGAGUCCAACACCAGAGAGAAGCCGUCAAAGCAGAGAAUCCCUUCUUCGGAUGUACAACGUGAGCGUGGACCAACUCGGGUAUAUGGGCCCGAUUUAUAUGUUAACGAAUUCAAAUGGAGACAUGGAUCGAUUUGCAUUUUGGGAUUUAGACUAACUCGUUUCAUUCGUGCCUCGAUCAUCAGCGAAAGGGCUAAAAAGAUGAACUUUCAGCUGAUGCGGCUGUUCAUAAUUCAAGCCGUGGCCCCAUUGUUGUUCGAGUACUUGCCCAGCUUCCUAAAUGUCUAUGCCGGUCCUUUGUGCUUUAUGGGGUUUCCAUUCUACGCCGAUUUGGGAUAUUAUAUUCCGAUAUUUGUCUCAUUCUAUCCUUUCAUGGAUGCACUUAUGGUAUUUGUCGGCUUCAGGGACUAUCGAAAUCGUUUCCUCUCGUCUCGUGUCUUCAGAGUGGCGAAAUUGUUGAAAGGAUCGAAGAUUUUUGCAUCUUACGCUUCGGAAAAUCAAAAU